UGGCGUGGACUUGUGGAAUGCCACCAGCACAACUGAUCGGUGGCAUAUCUUACUGCUGCUCAUAAGCGCAAGUACCACCUUUGUGGGUCCCCUCUGUCUGGCGAUUCGGUAUAAUCUGAACGAUAUGGGCAUGAUAUCGGAUAUCAUCGCAUCCGCGAUUGCCGUUAUUCUAGGCAUAAUUAAGUGUAUCUUAUUCCUGUAUCAUCGCAAGCAAUUUGUCCAGCUAAUUUACCGCAUUCGAGGCAUAUUCAAAAAGGAGAUCGAGAUCUGCCCAGAGGCAGCGACCAUUGUAGAUGCAGAGAUCCGAAGCGAUCAAUUACUGAGCUUUACCUACAUGCGCUGGUUUAAUACCUUCGUCAUCCUGUCUUUGAUUAAGCCGAUUGUCAUCAUGGUGAUGACCCGUCUGCGCACGGGACUCGUACAUUUGGAGCUGCCGUAUAGCGGCGCAUAUCCAUGGAGCUAUCAGUCGGUGUUGGCGUAUAUACCCACAUGUAUAUGGAAUGUGCUGGCUGGCUACGGUACCAUGUGCAUGACUGUGGCCAUGGACACAUUGCUCUUUGCUUUUUCAUUCCAGGUGUGUGCGCUGUUCAAGAUUGCUCAACAUCGCAUCCGGCAACUUGUGCCGCAGACGGACGCACCGCAGCAGGAGCUGCGAGAGAUGAAGCAGGUGCUACACCUGCACCAGACGGCUCUGAUGAUUGCCACUCAGCUGGGAAACGAUCUCCGCCCAAUUGUCCUUAUGCAGUUCUUUACGAACGUGUUGCAGUUGUCGUUUGUCACCUACCAGGUGGCCAAUCUGUUUCCCUCGCCCGAUGGCAUCUCCUUCAUGUUCUUUUUGGGCUCGGUGCUGAUCGCCGUGUUCAUCUACUCACACUGCGGCGAAAACAUACAGCAGGCGAGCGAGGACUUCGCAACAGCUGCCUAUGACAGCAACUGGGUGGACUUUGCGCCGGCCACCAGGCACGCUCUGAUUCUCAGCAUCCGGCGAGCCCAGCUACCCUGUCAGCUUGAUGGUUACUUUUUUAAGCCAAAUAUGGCCACCUUCUCAGCGGUGGUCCGCUCAGCCAUGUCCUACCUCAUGAUGCUGCGCUCCUUUAUGGAUCAGUAGUUACGCAAAACGGCAAGAGAGCAACAGCGUAAUUCACACAACAAACCACUGCAGAUGUCCAUCGCAAACUACAGUCAAAGGCCAAUUGCAGUCUUUGUCAAAAUAUCUAUCUAUUUAUCUAACCUUUUUAGACAGUAUUCGAUCUUUUUAAUGCACGUUGUGUAAUGAGCCAAGUACGCCCAUAAAUAAAUAAUUU